UAUCGAUUAUCCAUUCAUAUUUUUUAUGCCUAAAAAAUAUUUGAAUUUGAAAUUUUUAUUUAAAAAUAAAAAUGUUGAAUAAAAAAAAUAAAAAAAUAGAAAAUAUUUUGGAAAAAGAUUUUUUGCCACCUGAUGGAGGAUGGGGUUGGAUAAUUAUUUUAGCUGUUGGUUUUUCAAAUUUUUGUUUAUUGGCGCUACUGCAAUCAUUUGGAUUAAUAUUUCGUGACCGAUUUAAACAGCUCGGCAUAACGUCAUCAGAGACAACAAUUAUUUUAAAUGUUAAUUUAGCAAUGAUUGCUUUCAUAGGUUUGGCUAAUGGACCAGUAUUUAGAAAAUAUACCUUCAGAAAAGUAUCAUUGAUUGGCGCGUUAGUUGCUGCGACCUCGACAGCUAUUUUAUCGACAAUUACAUCAUUCAGUGGCUUCCUUAUCUUUCUUGGAAUCUUUUAUGCUGGCGGAUUAGGAAUAACAUUGUCAGCAAAUGCGUUGGCAUUGAAUACAUAUUUUAAAGCAAAAAGGAAAAUAGCUGUUGGUUUAAGUUGGACUUGUACUGGAUUGGGACCAAUAAUAAUGCCUCAAAUUAUUACAAUUCUGAUGCCUAUUUUUGGAGUACCUGGAACUCUGUUAAUUUUAAGUGGAAUUUCAUUGAACGCAGUCGCUUGUGCAUUACUUUUACAACCAGUAAUGUGGCACGCUAAAAAAGUAUCUAAAGAUACAAUUGAUCAUGAAGAUAGUUUACUAAUGAAAAAAUUUGAUGAUGAAAAUUCGGUAAAGAGAGAUAGAAUUAUUGAAAAACGACUGAGUAAAUUUGGUAGCCAAUAUCUUUAUUAUGACGACGAAGGAAAGGGGGCGAUUGGCAUUGAUGUAAUUACUCCUGGAACUCCAAUGAUGUCACGUUCGAAUGAUGGAUGGUUUUCUCAAAAACAGACUUCGUUGACGUCUUUGUCGUCGAAUAAAAAUUACGAACAUGAAAACUCAAAAUUAUAUCUUUCUAUGGGUUCCAUAAAAAAUUCAAGUCUUUCGACGUUAAAUAACGAAAAUAUGAAAAAUGGUAACAGUGAAAAUGAAAUAAAAAAACUUUCAAAGCAAUUAAGUAUUCCAUUAGUAAUAGUAACGGAAAUAUUAAAUGAAGCUAAAGAUGAAAAAGAAGUUGAGGCUCAAAAAUCGGAAAAAUUAGCGGAAAUGGAUUCACCGGAGAAAAGAAGUUCAUGGAAAAAAAUUUUCCAUGCAGUUGUUAAGUUUUUUGAUUUCGAUCUACUGAAAGAUCACGUAUUUGUAAAUAUAAUCCUGGGGAUAAAUUUCGCAAAUUUUGUUGAAAUGAACUUCACAAUGCUGACACCAUUUAUUCUCGCUGAUUACGGGUUACAAAAACCACAAGUCGCUGCUGUGAUGUCAGUAUUAGGCGCCAUGGAUGUAAUUGCCAGAUUUUCGGUGCCUUUUAUUACAGACAAGAUAAAUCUUAACAACAGAACAUUUUUUCUGAUCGGCAUUGCUUGUAUGGCUGCUGGACGAAUAAUUUUAGCGCAUGUAAGCUCCUAUGAAGUAAUAUUAGCCAUUGGAGUACUAAUAGGAUUCGGAAAAGCAUUGAGAACAAUAUUCAUGGCUUUAGCUGUCCCAGAGCACGUGCCCCUUGAAAGAUUACCCGCAGCCUCUGGUCUACAAUUGGUCUCCAGCGGGAUUAUUUCAUUUUCCUUUGGUCCAAUUGUCGGAUGGAUCAAAGACAUGUGUGGGAGUUACUCUUCUUUACUUCAUAUUAUUAAUAUUAUUACUUAUCUUACCAUUUUAUCUUGGACUAUUGAAAUGUCUUUGCAUAAAUUUAAUUAUAAAAAAUAAUAAAAUAAAAUAAAAUAAUAAUACUGGUAAAUAAAAAAAACGGCAGCUAAAUCUUUCCAUGAAUUACCAGUUUUAAGUUUUUAUUAAUUAUAAUUAAACCAAAAAAAUUUGGAUAGUGAUUUUUAAAAGGGUUCUACUUAAGAAUUCACGUGUAAUAAAAAAUAAAAUUAAAGUUAUUAAUUUUAUAGCUCACAAACCAAUCAACGGAUUUUUAUGCACGAUAAUUAUUUUUGUAGAAAA